UAAAACAUUAAGUGCUAUUAAGUGAUCCGCUAGAGCCGUAAUGAAAACAUUAAAUCACACGAAAAUAUCAACAAUGGCUAUUCUGGGAAACCCCAUCGCGCGUAAACAUGAUCAGAGUCUGUGAGCGCGUUCGAAAUUCAAACAUUCGCGAUGGCUUCGCCAUGCCAGAAGGGCGGGAUGCGGCUGAGCGAGGCUCUCGAUAACAUGCAGCUAGCUUACAACCCCAUCACUAAGCAACUGCAUUUCGUGAGCCCUAAAGUGGAGAAACCCUCGGAAGACACUUCAGACGACCUUGAUAAGUUGUCUAAGAAGAGUAGUUUCAGUGAUGAAGGGAACUUCUCGAUAUCAACAUGUGAGAAAAGUGACACAAGUGAUUCCCCAAAAAGUACUUUGAACUGGGGAGGUAGUGUGAGUGGUCAUAAGAGGGGCAAAGAUGGAGGUUCUUUUUCGAGCACAGUGUCAAGUCUUUCCGAGUGUUCUUUGGGAUCUAGUGCUUCUAAAGAGGAUAUUGGUGAAGUGACAUCAGACCAGGAGCAGGCUAAGCUGAAGAAGAAAGGAUUGUCUGGAUUUUUCAGCCGAGGCGUAUUCCCAUGGAAGAGCAGCUCAUCUUCCAAAACCAGUACCUCCCCAACGUCUACCCCAACCUGGCGUCUCUUCGGCAGCCGCUCCAGCGGGAACCUGCAGCGCGAGCCAGCACCAGCGCCGCCCGCGCCAGCCACCCCGCACCAUCAUCGCCGGCAAGGGAGCUCGGCCAGUGACAAGCAGUUUGAGGACCUCGUGGCUAGCUCUAUAGCGCUUAUACAGCAUGACAGACCGUCAAACCUGCCCGCGAAGACAACAGAAGAGGCGCUCAGGCAUAAGGCGGAGCACGCGCGGAUAUUAGAAGCGGCGCGGCGGCGCGUCGAGCGAGAGUCGGCGGCAAGGCUGGCGCGGCUGCAGGAGUCGCUGCGGCAGGAGGAGCGGCUGGCGCGGCAUGCGCGCGAGUGGCAGGCCAUCCUGCCCGACUGGUCCGCGCAAAAAAACGCAAAGCGCACCCAAGAGCUAUGGUGGAGCGGUCUGCCCCCCUCCAUCCGCGGCAAAGUCUGGCAGCUGGCCAUCGAAAACAAACUCCAAAUCACCCACCACCACUACCGCGAGUUCGUCGCAAAGGCCAAACAACGGCUACACGAAGCACAACUCAGGAGAAAACGGUUGAAGAUCCACAGAGAAUCAGAGACUGAGGAAAAGACUGAAGAUAAGGAACGCUUAGGUUUACCAAGGAAUUUUAGUGAGCAGAACUUAAAAUGUCACAGUGACACGACUCCUAAGUGCUGUUCUAAAUCUAAUCCAGACCUAAUAGAGAGGAGUGAUGAGUGUUCCAUGGAGUUGAUAGAGCUCGAUAUCGCGCGGACAUUUCCACAGUUGUGUAUAUUUCAACCGGGAGGGCCGUAUUUUACGGUUCUGCAUGAGCUGCUGGCGGCUUAUGUGUGCUAUCGUCCCGACGUUGGUUAUGUACAGGGUAUGUCAUUCAUCGCAGCUGUGCUGAUCUUAAAUAUGGAAGCGCCGUGUGCGUUCGUUUGCUUCGCCAAUCUGCUGGAGCAACCCGUGCUCCGGGCAGCUUUUACCCGCGAUGGCAACACUAUGCAGCGCUUCUGGCGAGCGUACACCCGCCUCCUCAAGCACAACCUGCCGUCACUAGCGGACACGCUGGCGCCGGAGCUGUACCUGCUGGAGUGGCUGUACACGGCGUUCGCCAAGGCCAUGCCGCUGGACGCCGCGUGCCGCGUGUGGGACGUGUUCCACCGCGACGGCGGCGCCUUCCUGUUCAACACGGCGCUAGGUACUGUAUACUACACGUACACCCGCCUCCUCAAACACAACCUGCCGUCACUAGCGGACACGCUGGCGCCGGAGCUGUACCUGCUGGAGUGGCUGUACACGGCGUUCGCCAAGGCCAUGCCGCUGGACGCCGCGUGCCGCGUGUGGGACGUGUUCCACCGCGACGGCGGCGCCUUCCUGUUCAACACGGCGCUAGGUACUGUAUACUACACGUACACCCGCCUCCUCAAACACAACCUGCCGUCACUAGCGGACACGCUGGCGCCGGAGCUGUACCUGCUGGAGUGGCUGUACACGGCGUUCGCCAAGGCCAUGCCGCUGGACGCCGCGUGCCGCGUGUGGGACGUGUUCCACCGCGACGGCGGCGCAUUCCUGUUCAACACGGCGCUAGGAAUCCUCCACUUAUACCAAGACGAGCUUCGCGACAUGGAUUUCAUCUCGGCCGCGCAGUUCCUCACCAAGCUCCCGGAUGACCUUGACUCCGAAGCCUUAUUCCGCAGCAUCAGCUCCGUCAGCAUGACGCUGGACGGCAUGACGUUUGAGGACCUGGUGUUGAGUGAGGUGUGUGAAGACGAAGACGUGAGGUUAUGA